AUGAAAAACAAACGCAAAUUUUCUUCGGUUGACACUGUAAACGUCACUGAAACACCUUUGAAAAAUAAAAAUUCAAAAGGGAAUACUAAAAUUUUCAGUAAGAGGUCAAAAUUUUCCACCGAUUCUAAAAAUGCCACUGUCCGUUUGCAAGAAUUUCGCAGGGGACUACCGAUUUGGAAAGAAAGAGAAAAUUUAAUAAGAAUCGUCAAAGAUAAUGCAACUACCAUUAUUAUGGGAGAGAUGGGAAGCGGUAAAAGUACCCAAACACCACAAUUUUUGUUGGAUGCCGGUCUAACCUCAGAGAGUUCCAUAGCAUUGACACAGCCACGUCGAGUUGCAGCCAUUAGUUUAGCUUCAAGAGUUGCACGAGAGGUUGGGACGAAACUUGGUCACCGGGUCGGGUAUUCUGUUCGAUUCGACGAUAAAUCAUCGAAUGCUACUGUCAUCAAGUACCUUACCGAUGGAAUGCUACUACGUGAAUUACUUUCGGAUCCUUUACUUUUGAAUUAUUCUAUAGUCAUUUUAGAUGAAGCGCAUGAAAGGACAUUGCGUACGGAUAUUCUUUUCGGCAUGGUGAAAAGAGCACAAGAAAUUAGAGGAAAUAAGUUGAAAAACGUUGUUGAAACGAGAAAAUACAUUCCAUUGAAAGUAAUAGUCAUGAGUGCAACUUUGAAUUCGGAAAAAUUUGCUGCCUAUUUUAAUACUUCAGCAAUAUUAAAAAUUCCUGGUCGCCAAUUUCCAGUUAACAUACAUUACAGUAAUGUACCUCAGUCCGAUUAUCUGGAUGCUGCUCUUACGUGCACAUUACAGAUUCAUGUAGAACAACCGCCUGGUGAUAUUUUGGUGUUCCUACCAGGUCAGGAAGAUAUCGAAACUCUCGAAAAGUUAAUUUCUGAAUAUGGAACCAACUUGCCGCCGGACAAGCCAAAGAUCUUUACAUGUUUAUUAUUUGCUGCUCUUCCUACAGAGCAACAGACAAAAGUCUUUGAUCCUUCACCGCCAGGAACCCGUAAGGUGAUACUUGCCACCAACAUAGCAGAGACCUCGAUUACAAUUAGCGGUGUAAGAUACGUUGUGGAUACUGGAAAAUGUAAAAUCAGAAAAUUUAAUUCGAGGAUAAAGAUGGAAAUUCUAUCCGUAGAAAAUAUUUCUAAAAAUUCUGCAGACCAAAGGAUGGGAAGAGCUGGUCGAGAGGCACCGGGGUCCUGUUUUCGCUUGUACACGGAAGAGGAGUAUAAGAGAAUGGAAAAAGAUACUGAACCCGAAAUUAAGAGGUGCAAUCUCACAUCAAUCGUCUUAUUUUUAAAAGCUUUGGGUAUAGAAAAUGUGCUCGAAUUUGAUUACUUGGACGCCCCAUCAAGGAAUUUACUAAAAAGGGCUCUGGAGCAAUUGUUCAUCUUAAAGGCACUUGACAAUAAGGGUAAAAUUAAUGAUCUCGGCAAAAAAAUGGCAGAAUUUCCAAUUGAACCAAUGUUUGCACGAGUUCUUAUCGCAUCACAGUCUAUGGAAUGCACAAAAGAAGCAAUAGAUAUUGUUUCUUUACUCUCCGUCGAUUCCAUAUUUUUUUCUCCUCACGACCAACGAGAAAGUGCAAUGGAUAUGAAAAAGAAAUUUAUUUCACCACUUGGAGAUUUAAUAACAUUCUUGAAUGUUUUAAAAUCCUUUGAGGUGCAUAAGGGAAAUUCAGAUUGGUGCAGACAAAACUUUAUUAAUAAGCGAAAUAUGAAACAUGUAACUGACAUAAGAAAACAGUUGACUCAAUUGUGUGCUAGGAUGGACAUCUCUCCUGUGACUUCGUGUGGUGAAGAUUUUGAAAUAAUAUUGAAAUGCAUGUCAUUUGGUUUUUUCUGUCAAUCGGCAAUAUUACAACCGGACAAUAGUUAUAAAACAAUUUUGUCGAAUCAGAAUGUAAACAUUCAUCCAUCGUCGACUUUAUUCAAUAAAAAAAUAGAAGUAAUAAUGUAUACUGAACUUGUAAGUAUUAACGUCAAAACCAUAUAUAAAAAAUGUUUCGGUGAUACAAAGAAAUUGGCUGAUGGAUUCAGCGCCAAGUAUUUAGAUGCAUUCGGUUUGGAUAUCGGUUCACGUCAAAAGCCUAUUGAAAAUCCCUUGUUAGCUAAUUACGUAUUAUAA